AGACGGACGUUCAAAGCUCUCUUAUUUCUCUUUAAGCUAAUAAUUAGGAAAAUAAGAAGAAAAAAAAAAAAAAGCAACUAUGAAUUCUCCUUGUGAUUCUAUGGUGUUCUGAGACUGGUUUCUACCUUUGAUUGCUCGAACAAUUAGCUCAAAUCGGCUGAAAUGGCAUCAAUGGUGGCCAAGGGCAGUAGUAGUUGCACCACCCAAGUCUCUUCCUCAAUAGCUGUUCAAGAAAAGGGAAGUAGGAAUAAGAGGAAGUUCCGGGCUGAUCCGCCUUUAGGUGACCCGAAUAAAAUUAUUCCUUUAUCUCAGGCUGAAUGCACAAGCUAUGAGUUUUCAGCUGAAAAAUUCGAAAUCAGACAGAGUCAUGGACAAAUUGGUGUCGGUGACCUGUGCAGUGUUAAUCAAGACCAUUCUGAUGGGUUGAAAUUCGACCUUGGAUUGUCUAGUGCUGUUGUACCAUCCGAGGGUAGCCCAAGCCGGCCCAGAGAGGAACUAGAGGCAGAUGAGUUUCAGGAUGCCGAUUGGAGUGACCUCACAGAAACCCAACUUGAAGAGCUUGUUCUAAGCAAUUUGGACAUGAUUUUCAAAAGUGCAAUAAAAAAGAUUGUUGCUUGCGGUUACACUGAAGAAGUUGCUGCGAAGGCUGUUUUGCGGUCUGGUCUUUGUUAUGGGUGUAAAGACACCGUGUCUAAUAUAGUGGAUAAUACUUUAGUUUAUCUAAGAAGUGGCCAAGAAAUUGAUCCUUCGAGGGAUCACUGUUUUGAAGAUCUACAGCAGCUGGAGAAGUACAUAUUGGCAGAACUGGUUUGUGUUCUUAGAGAGGUUAGGCCUUUUUUCAGCACUGGUGAUGCAAUGUGGUGCUUGUUGAUUUGUGACAUGAAUGUCUCUCAUGCUUGUGCAAUGGAUGGUGAUCCCUUGAAUAGUUUCAUUAGUGAUGGAGCUUCAAAUGGAAGUUCCUCCGUCCCGAAUCAACCCCAGUCAAAAACAGAAACCAAAAGUUCGGAAUUGAAUCUUCUGAAUCCUUCCAAGCCAGUUCCUUCAGUUCCUGGUUCUCAUAGUUCACAGUCUGAGACACCUACGAUUGCAGGUGGGGUUUCAAACAUAGCUAAACUGAAAAAUUCCCUUGUUCGUAGUGUAUCAUUGUCUGAGAAAGAGGGUGCACAGUCCACAUCUGAGAAUGGGGAUAAAUCUUUUGGUGCAUCUGGAACAUUUCAAUCUCCUGUGGUAGAGGAAAAGCUUUUAAGUAGUCGAAAGCUUCAUUCUGUUACCACCAAGAGAGAAUACAUGCUUCGGCACAAGUCACUUCACUUGGAAAAAAGUUACCGGACUUAUGGAUGUAAAGGGUCUUCAAGAACAGGGAAGCUGAGUGGUUUGGGUGGUUUAAUCUUGGAUAAGAAACUAAAAUCUGUGUCAGACUCUACCGCUGUUAAUUUGAAGAAUGCUUCCUUGAAGAUAAGCAAGGCUAUGGGAGUUGAUGUGCCUCAAGAAAGUGGAAACAAUAAUCUUUCUGCCAAUGCCGGGCCGUCUUCCCCUAGAGCAUUUAACCUGGAUGUUGAAAAUACUGCUUCUGUUUUGCCUAAGAACAGUGUCCCGUCCAUGUUACCUGCUGUUUGUGAAACGGCAUUACCUGCUGUCGGUACUUCAACUGCAUUACCUUCUGUCAAUACUUCAACGGCAUUACCUGUAGUCAAUACUGCAGCUGCAUUACCUUCAGCAAAUACUACGCCUGCAUUAUCAGUUGCUGAUACUGAGCUUUCCCUUUCUCUGCAUCCAAAAAGCAUUUCCAAUCCAGUUCCUAUUAGCUGUCACUCUGAUGCAACUAAUUCUGUUUUUGCUGGGAUACCGUAUGAUAAAUCCUUGGGGCAGUGGGUCCCCCGGGACAAGAAAGAUGAAAUGAUUUUAAAGUUGGUUCCGAGGGCACGGGACUUGCAAAAUCAGCUCCAAGAGUGGACAGAGUGGGCAAAUCAGAAGGUUAUGCAGGCUGCGCGUAGAUUGAGUAAGGACAAGGCUGAACUUAAGUCAUUGAGGCAAGAGAAAGAAGAAGUUGAGCGGCUGAAGAAAGAGAAGCAAACGCUGGAAGAAAACACCAUGAAGAAGCUUUCUGAGAUGGAAAACGCUCUCUGCAAGGCUAGUAGCCAGGUUGAACGGGCAAAUUCUUCCGUCCGGAGGCUUGAGGUGGAGAAUGCUGCCUUGAGGCAGGAUAUGGAGGCUGCGAAAGUACGUGCUGCAGAGUCUGCUGCAAGCUGUCAGGAGGUAUCUAAAAGGGAGAAGAAGACACUGAUGAAGUUUCAGUCAUGGGAGAAGCAGAAAACCAUGUUCAGUGAAGAACUUGCGACUGAAAAACGCAAGUUAAAACUGCUGCUACAGGAACUAGAACAAGCAAAAGAUCUCCAGGAACAAUUGGAGGCUAGAUGGCAACAGGAAGAAAAAUCAAAGGCAGAAGUACUUGAGCAGGUCAGUUCGAUAAAAAAAGAACGGGAACAGAUAGAGGCUUCAACAAAAUCCAAGGAGGAUAUGAUUAAACUGAAAGCAGAAAACAAUCUGCAGAAGUACAAAGAUGAUAUUCAGAAACUCGAAAAAGAAAUCUCUCAAUUGAGACACAAGAGUGAUUCUUCAAAAAUUGCUGCGCUGCGGAGGGGCAUUGAUGGGAGCUACGCCAGCAAAGUAACAGACAUCGAAAAUGGCCUGGAUCACAAGGGGUCCCGGAUGCCAUACAUCUCGGAAGUAGUGAAGGAUAUUCAAGACUACUCUGAGACAGGAGGGGUGAAACGUGAACGGGAGUGUGUGAUGUGCCUUUCUGAGGAGAUGUCCGUUGUCUUCCUCCCGUGUGCCCAUCAAGUGGUUUGUAGAACAUGCAAUGAGCUCCACGAGAAACAGGGCAUGAAGGAUUGCCCGUCUUGUAGGAGCGUGAUACAGUGGCGAAUUUCUGUACGUUAUGCUCGUUCUUAAAAAAGUCCAUAGAAUCUGAGUGGAGUGUCCUGAAUAAAGAUUUGUGGGACUCGUAUAAACUGAAUAAAUGCGUUUGGAUCACUCCGUCGAGGAGUUUUUGACAGUUAAAAUUUGCCUUGUAUUCUGAGGUUUGAUCAUCUGGGAGGUUUGAUCCUCUGUGUGGUUUGAUAAGUUUUCACAUCAUUGUACUAAUUUGAAAUUUAUAGAGGGCUAUGAGUUGUUAGCUCUAAA